UUGUGAUAAUGACACGUGCUCGGAUAUAAAGAGAGGGAUACCGCCUGAGCACCCCAUAGGUCCAGCCUUGGUAGCUAGAGUAUAAACAUAAUAUUGAGAAGUGAAGCUUUUGUAAACAAAGCCAUGUGGGUUUUUGGUUACGGAUCCUUGAUUUGGAAUCCUGGUUUCGAGUACUUGGACAGCAAAGUCGGUUACAUCAAAGGUUACGUCCGUAGAUUUUGGCAGGGCAAUGACUUUCACCGAGGAAAUAAAGAAAAGCCAGGAAGAGUGGCAACUCUCGUUGAGGACAACCAAGGCGUGACCUGGGGUCGAGCUUUCCUGCUGGGACCGGCUGCUGAGGCUUCCUUAAACUACUUGGACAGUCGCGAGAACAAAAUCGGCGGUUACACAACAACAGUGGUCACCUUCCACCCCAGGGAUUCCAAAGACGAGCCCUUUCCUGUGCUUCUAUACGUAGCCCUUCCGUCUAGUCACCUAUACCUGGGUCCAGUGCCACUUCCACAGCUGGCCACAGAGAUAUCUGAGGCAUCUGGCCACUGCGGCCACAAUGCGGAAUACCUCUUGAGGUUGGCGAACUUCAUGAAAGAACAAUUGCCUGAUGUUUACGACGAACAUAUUUACCUCUUGGACCAUCUAGUCCGUUCUCGACUCAAGGAGCAGAAUCUCUCGGUGGAAGACGUCAUGGGCGAGGACAGACAGUGGGCGAUAGCUGCAAUUGCUGGUGGUCUCACCAAGGACAUGGACCGAGAAGUUGAACGUCCAGUAACUCCUCCUCGAUCUCCAGACUUUGCUUCACGCGUACCUUCUCGCAAACUCAGGUGCUUGGACUUAUAAAAAUAUACUACAGAACUUUCCACGAAAGUUUAUGCCUUGUUAACUUUUUCCAUGCUGUC